UGCCUCCGCUGCCUUUCUUAAGCACAAUAAACGCAACUUGUACUUCUACCACCAUCUUCAGCUCAACUUACGACAUCUCUACGACUUUCAACAUGGAUGGCUUUGUCGCAGAAAUCAGGAAAAUACCCCCAGUCACCCGCUUCCUAUGCAUGUCCUCGCUAGGGGUGACUUUGACUACCCUUAUGAACCUCGUGAGCCCAUACAAGGUGCUGUACGUGCAGGACCUGGUGUUGCGGAGAUUUGAAAUUUGGCGACUGUACACCAGUUUCUUCCUGGGAGGGGGCGGAAUCAACUACAUCUUUGAGCUUGCGAUGCUCUACCGCACCGCGAACGAACUCGAAGAAGGACCCUACGCACGACGAUCCUCUGACCUCGCCUGGCAACUCUUCAUAGCCAACUUCGCCACUGUGAUCGCCUCCACCCCUCUCCACCCCUUCAUCUUCACGCGCCCCAUGCUCGUCUGCCUCACCUACCUCUCCGCCCAACUCGCGCCGCCAGGCGCCCAAAGCAGCCUCUUCGGCCUCAUCACCUUCCCCGUACGCUACAUGCCCUUCGUCAUGGUCGGGCUCGACCUGCUUAUGGGCGGGCCGGGCGCGGCCGCGCAGUCCUGUGUAGGCGCGGCGAUUGGCCAUUUGUGGUGGUGGGGCGUGUGGGGCGCGGGGCUGGGCGGGCAGGGUCCAUUGAGUGCGUUUGGCGAAGCACCGCGGUGGUUGAGGAAUCUGUUCGGCGAGAGAGGAUCGCGCGGCGGCUCUCAAGGAGGCUUCAGGCUGGGCGGAACAGGAGUGCAUGUUGUGCCCCCUCGUCGGGCACAGGCGGCGUCCGGGUCGACGUCCGGGCACAACUGGGGUCAUGGUAGGCGGCUUGGGUAAUGAACCAAGGUACUGGGCGCGGCGCUUGUGAAGCUAAGUAGCGUGCAUGUUUGUAUUAUAUUUACUUUCGAUCUGCUCGAACCUCAAGUCGUUGUUCCUGCCCGAACUCCCA